AUGGAUUCAUCUCAGUCCCUACGAGAAGCCUGUGAUUCUCCAGAUUCCCUUUUCGCCCGUUCGGACGAGGUACUGAUUCGCCUUGCGUACAACGAGUUUCCAGAGGAAAUUGACUAUCUGCGGUGGGCAUACUCCAUCCGGGACGGUCCCUUGACCCCUCCUAGCACUCCAUCUCCAUCUUGCAUUUUAUACAAUGAAGAGUAUGAUGAAGUGAAUCGUACGCUUGUGGGGUUAUUAGCACUCCGCUGGAUCCAUACGGAUCAAUACGAGACCUUCAUCGGUUCACAAACAUUCGCAUCUCAACUAACGAGAGAGUCGUUUGACUGGAUCCGCGAUUUCUACACACAAAUCAUCACAGAUGCGAAUGCACUCUUUACCUUGAUCACCUCAAUAAUCAUCAAUGAUCUAGGAAAAGAUCCGCACCUAGCAUCCAUGUGCUACGAAAAGACUGGUGUGAACGUCUCUACUCUCAACCACGACGCCAUUCUCCUCGCGGCCUGUAAGGCCGGCCUAGUCCCAUCGCUGGACAAGCUUCCAGACCAAGAUAGAGACGAUGUGUUCCAGGCGAUUGAGCUCGGCGCAACUUUCAAUUUUGGUCAACUGGCACAGGCAGAAAAUGCACCGGCCUGUCUGUCCGGUCUACCCCGCAUGAAAGUCCACGACCGCAGCUUCCGACUACGUUUCAUGGAGCAACUGCUCGACAUCGCCGGUGCGGCGGGCCACAUGGACUGGACGUGUGCGAAGAAGCUCAUCCAGCCUAUCUUCGACUCGUACCGCAAUGUCUAUGAUGUAUGCGAGGGUGUCAUCAAGGGCACUCUUACCGUCCGCAGUGGGUAUGACUUGAUAUUGAUUCGACGUGCAGAGUUUCUCCGCGAUAGGGAUGUGCGAUCAUUCAACGUGGAAGAUAAUCCAGAGGACCGAGCGUUGAUGCGGUUGUUCUGUAUGGGCAAUGUGACUACCCAAGAAAAGGCGGUCUUGUAUGAGGAUGCGUGGCGUGCGCUGGAGGACCCGGUCAGGGAAACUCUGGCAAAUGCUCUCAAUCUAGACGGCCGGAGGAACGAGCCUGCUGUUCAGCCAACAUAUAUCCCUGCUCUAUUUGGCCGUAUACAGGAUGUGAAUGCGCUGGUGUGUACCCUGCAUUACCUUUCCCGGGUUAUGAGUGCGACGAAUGUUGCAGACCCUUCGGCGGUGGUUAUUGAGCGGAGCGUGUAUUCGGUCUUGAAGGACUUUGUUGAGAGUGAUGGGUUCCAGGAAGAUCCGACUAUCUUGGAGGGGGUCGACGUGCCUGUUGGCGUGGUUGCUUUGACCACAGCCUCGCUUUGA